GGGGACUCGGUAUUUUGUCCCAUGGAUCUCUUAGUGGUGAAGUCCUUGCCUUUUGACCGGGUAAGCGGGCGAAAACGCAGCGCACACAAGUUCGAAGCAAGAGGCGGAGACUUGAUGUGCGAAUGCCGCAGAACUUAAAACUCAACUCGCUACGAAGCCAUCUUGGCUUGCGUGCGAUUCACAGAAAUGAGUUUAAGGAGCAGCAACGCAAGAAUUAUAUUGCGUCGGUGCAAGCGUAUUUUAUGGAGAUCAAGCAGCGGAUAGACUUUUUAGCCAAUGCGACGGAGUUGAAUGAUGCUGACGAGUAUGUGCUACCUCGUCUUCAUGACUUGCUGGUGGAGGAUGACUUGCUGGUGGAGGUUGGCAUGCCCAUUGGAGCGACAACAGUAUUGUAA